AUGCUGCCCGCCCUGUGCACCGCGCUGGCGGGGCUGCUGCUCCUGCCGCUGCUGCUGCGCUGCGCCUGGCCCUACUUCUUCCAGGACCUACGCUUCGCCCUCACGAUGGCGCGGGUAGCGAGGAGGGCGCGGAGAGCCGGUGCCCGCCGGCCCGCCAGCACGCUCUUGGACGUCUUCGCGCGGCGGGCGCGGCGGACGCCGCACAAGCCGCUGCUGCUCUUCGGGGCCGAGGUCUCCACCUACGAGCAGGUGGAGCGGCGGAGCAGCCAGGCGGCGCGGGCGCUGCGCGACGCCGCGGGGCUGCGGGCGGGCGGCUGCCUGGCCCUCUUCAUGGGCAACCGGCCCGCCUAUGUCUGGGUCUGGCUGGGCUGCGCCAAGCUGGGCUGCGCCGUGGCUUGCCUCAACUCCAACAUCAGGGCCGCGUCCUUGCUGCGCUGCUUCCAGAGCAGCGUGGCCACCGUGCUGCUGGCGGCCCCAGAACUGAAGGAAUCUGUUGAAGAAAUACUGCCAUUCUUGAAGAAAGAAAAUGUUAAAGUUUAUUAUUUAAGCAAGACAUCUGCUACAGAAGGAGUUGAGAGCUUUCUUGAUAAAGUAGAUGCUGCUUCAGAUGAGCCUACUCCGUUGUCUUGGAGAUCAGAUGUAACCUUUAAAACUCCUGCCAUGUACAUUUAUACUUCUGGUACUACAGGUCUUCCCAAAGCUGCAGUGAUUAACCAUGAACGCAUAAUGCUAGCUUGUGGUUUGUUUGAUGCUGGCAGCAUUACCUCGGAAGAUAUUGUGUAUACUGCUCUACCACUCUAUCAUAGCUCUGCCCUCCUCAUUGGAGUCCAUGGAUGUAUCAUGAAAGGUGCAACUAUUGUUUUACGUGCCAGGUUUUCAGCAAGCCAGUUCUGGGAUGAUUGCAGAAAAUUUAACGUAACAGUGAUACAGUAUAUUGGGGAAAUGCUUCGGUAUCUGUGCAGUGUGCCACAGAGAAACAAUGAUCAGGAUCACAAAGUCAGACUUGCCAUAGGAAAUGGAAUAAGGGCUGAUGUGUGGAGGGAAUUUAUCCGAAGAUUUGGAAAUAUUAGUAUCUUGGAGUUUUAUGCAUCAACUGAAGGAAACAUUUCUUUUGUUAAUUACACUGGAAAAAUUGGUGCAGUGGGAAGAGUAAACUGCCUGCAGAAGAAAAUCUUACACUAUGAACUGGUUAAAUAUGACGUAGAGAAAGAUGAACCAGUCCGAGAUGAAAAUGGAUACUGCGUAAGAGUUCCCAAAGGUAAACCUGGACUACUGAUCUGCAAAAUCAGCCAAUAUGCACCAUUUAGUGGCUAUGCAGGAGCAAAACAGCAAACAGAGAAGAAGCAAUUAAGAGAUGUCUUCCAAAAAGGGGAUUUAUAUUUUAAUAGCGGUGACCUUUUAGUAAUCGACAAUAACAACUUCAUUUAUUUCCAUGAUCGAACUGGAGACACAUUCCGGUGGAAAGGGGAAAACGUUUCUACAACGGAAGUUGCAGAUGUUUUAGGACUGAUUGACUGUGUUCAAGAAGUUAUUGUAUAUGGAGUGUCUGUUCCAGGUUAUGAAGGCAGAACAGGAAUGGCAUGUAUUCAACUAAAGGAAAACUGUGAAUUUAAUGGAGAAGGUACUUACAGACACGUUAACACUCACCUUCCAAACUACGCAAGACCUCGUUUCAUAAGGAUUAAGAGUGCCAUUGAACUUACAGCAACUUUUAAGUACCAUAAAGUACAACUAAUGGAGGAGGGUUUCAAUCCAGCAGUCAUCAAAGAUCGCCUGUAUUUCCUGGAUGACAAAGAAAACCUGUAUGUACAGAUGACCCAGGACAUUUAUAACUCAGUAAAAACACAUGACUUCAAAUUGUGAGCGUGUCAAAAAAAAAAAAUCUGUGUUUUAUAAUAUUCAGUUUUUCAAGCAUCUGUUAUUCUAACCUUGCCAGGAAAUCCUAUUUAUUAAUAUUAGCAAAUAUUAGUAUCUGAAAUAAAGUGUGAA